AUGUCGGAAUCGUGUCAAGACGGUAAUUGUCAAGGAAAUAAUGAAUUUGGGCCGGACGAAUCACCCACCAAACUUAUCGUCAAUUACAUUCCUGAAGUCAUGACCCAGGAUAUGAUGUUCUCACUAUUUUCAACAAUGGGUAAACUGGAAAGUUGUAAGUUGAUAGCGAACCGAGGCUAUGGGUUCGUCGAGUACUCUCGUCCCGAGGAUGCAGUCAAGGCACGUAAGGCUUUUAACGGACUUCUAAUGCAAAAUAAGACUCUUAAAGUGUCGCACGCACUUCUCAACCCGGAGUUAAAACCGCCUUCGAAACCUGAAGCUGACUGGAACCUCUACGUAUGUAACCUGCCUAAUGAACUGACCUUGCAGGAUUUACAUGGACUAUUCGCACAAUUUGGUAAAAUAGUUAAUUCUCGUAUAGCUGCAGGUAUAGCAUUUGUUUUAUAUGAACACCAAUAUGAAGCGGAAAGAGCCAUUCAAAACAUAAAUGGCACCACACCGCCUGGCUUUCUACACCCUUUAACUGUUAAGUAUGCUAAUAAGAGUAACCCUAAUAAACAUAAAAAUAAUAAUAAUAACUUUCCCAAAAAUCCUCUUGUGCGACCUUAUCAUUGGAUAAAUCAUAUGAAUGCCAUUGGAGAUCACAAUUCUCCGAGUACAUGGUCUAUAUACAUUUAUAAUAUUGCUCCGGAGGUGGAAGAAUUAACUCUGUGGCAGCUAUUUGGUCCAUAUGGUGCUAUUGUAUCGGUUAAGAUAAUCAAGGAUCAUUCAACUAAUAAGAGUAAAGGAUUUGGAUUUGUAACGAUGAGAAAUUAUGACCAAGCUGCGAUGGCAAUACAAGCACUGAAUGGAUAUGUUCUUCAUGGCCAACCUCUCUCGGUUAGUUUCAAGACCCAGAAGAGAUAA